AUGUAUAAUGUCUACUCACAGUGUAGUCGCUGUCUAGCCUGGUUGGGGGAGAUUGACCCGGAAUUCUCGGUGGCAGAUGCCAAGGCUGCCCUGGACCUGAUCCUUUUUCUCUCAGAUAAAGACGAAAAAUCACCCAUUUCAAAUUCCAUUUCUUCUGCAGACACUCCCACGUUCAAAGCAUAUCUCCGGGCCUUGGCAUCCGUUGGCUACGCUAAGAACCCGUGGUGGACGCGCAUAUGGACGGUACAGGAGGCGAUCCUCCCGAGAGAGAUACUAUUCCACUGGGGUCCUCUGCAGGUCCCGUGGGGCAGGGUCGGCGGUGCUCUCAAUUUCCCCAGAUACAAGUGGUUGCUGGUACGGCCACUGUCCUAUCAACACGGCAUAUUUAAGACUUGGCCACUUACCCACUAUGUGCAAACCCAAUAUGCCAUUAUUAUCUGGAUCCAUAAUGCACAUGUAAGGAGAGAUUCUGCGUUCGAUGCCGCCAUCCGAUGGCGGGGUCGCCAAGCAACCGUGCCACACGACAAAGUAUUUGGCCUUCGUGGACUCUGGGAUCCCAAUGUUGAGAUGCCUAACACUGACAAAUGCAGCUACGAGACAAGCGUAGCAGAACUAUACAGCGCGUUUACUAUUGACAUACUCCUCGACGAAAACAGCCUAGCACUGCUAGCACUUGACCCACGUGUCGAGCGCGGCAAGCGGACGAGGGAUAUACCGAACUGGGCGACCGACAUGAAUGACUCUGUGGAGUAUGGCGUCGACAGGUAUUACCGGAGUUGGGGCGACAAACAGAUCUAUAAUGCCUGUGGAGAAAACCGUCUAGAUAAGCAAGCCCUCACAGAUGCAACAGCGGACCCAAACCACCAUUUCAAUGUGGACCCAAACCACCAUUUCAAUGUGCUAGGGUUAACGGGCAUCAUGAUAGAUACCGUAGAUGUCUUGGCCCCCGUCAGGCUAACCAAGGGAAACUUCGAAACCAUACCCGAUGUGGUUAUCUCUCAGACGCUUCGGGAUUGGAUGGAUCUCGCACGCAGCCGUAACCGAACGGGUAACUUCAGCGACGAGGCUUUUCACAGGCUCGUGAUCGGCGGUGCCAUGCGAGAUAGCGAACAGGAGUUCAAAAAGACGGCCCAACGCGGAUGA